CUACCAAGAAAGUGGGCUCAAAAUGGCUGUUGUGUAAGAGAUGCACAACCCUCUCGUUCUGCAUCUAAAGAUGCACGUUUUGGCGUUGCUGUUGAGUUUUUGACUACUUUAUGAUUGAAAGGAUGCAACUCCGUGACAUGCCAAAAGUUAUUGACAAUAAGGGAUUGCAUUGGUUUCUAGACCUGAGAAGUGACAGCAGGUGGCGGAUAUAAACUGACGAAAAACCAAGAGAAUAUAAGGGUUUAUCCAUGAAGGCCUAAAGUGAAGUACAUGGAUGUGGACUAAAUCAAAGACGUGUUUAACAGAAACCUGGUGAAAACAUGGACAACAGACUAAUGAAAAGCCAAAUCCAGAAAAAAAAUCUUAACAUUCUAGAUUCUUCAGCACCCAUUAAAGGUGAGCUGAAAACAAUAUCAAGCACAAAUCAGCCAAAAUGUUCCCAGUUUAGGACAAUUGCACCAAAGGUUUCUCCAACUCUUGUUUCCCCAGCCAUUCUGUCCUGUCAGUCCUCCUGUGUGCCUGACACACCUGUGACCAACUCAAAAUCCAUCAUUGUACCAACUCAGAACUAUGCGUUAAUGCAGGUUGCUGGACACGAAGGGACUUUUUCCCUUGUAGCAUUAUCUCCAUCUUUGUCGUCUCAGUCUCCUCAGCAAAUCCAGAAAGAUACAGCUUUUUCCAAAAAUAUUAAAUUGCCAAUCCCAAGGUGUCAGCCUUUGAGAAGUAAGCAGACUCCUGAAAAGAAACGUAGAUCCCAAAAAUCACUGAAGUUUGCAUCAAAUGAAUCUAAAGAUCAAAAUAAAAUGAAGAUUCAGGUAAAGCCACCUUCAUCUGCGACUAUGCACUCUGUAGCUCCAUCAACAUCAGAUGGGUCUGAGCAAGUCAUACUUAUUGACCCAAGAUCCUCUGAAAUCACUGUUACCACUUUGCUUCCUGAGGACGCUGCACUAGACAACAAACCUAUUGAGAAGCCCACUGAAACAGAUCAGUCCUUUCAAGAUCCCUCCAAUGCAUCAGUGCUUCAGCAUGUCCAGGUCAUAGCAAACACUUCUGGAUAUUCCACAUUAUUAACAAAACAAGAUAAAACAAUAAAGAGUCCCAAAAAAGAAGAAUCACUGUCAAAGUCAAUGGACCCUUCCAGUAACAUUACUGUCUUGUCACCAACAAUAUUUAGCAACACUAUACAAAUUAUCCCCGAAAAGCUACCAAUUUUACCUUAUUCUAAAGUUAAAGACACAGUCUACUCAAUGGCUAAAUCCAAUGCUGAGUUACCUGAAAUAUCUGCCAUCAACACACAGCCUGCUGUAGGCAAACGAAAAAGGAUCAAUUUAAGGCACUUGCCAGUCCCAAGCCAAAUGUGCCAGAGGGAACGUUCUGAUUCUCAAUCAUGUUUGCAUCAAACGGCCACAAAGCAUUCAACAAGUGAUAUGGAAAAAGAAGUUAAAGAAAAACCUCAGAAAAUGAUCAUUGGUCCUGGGAAAAAACGAGGUAGAAAAAGAAGGACCAUUGAAGAUGUGCUAGCUCUUGAAGCUAAAAGAAAGAGAUCAUUUUCUUUUAUUAAGAAAAGUGGCACUGACAGUCCAGUUGCUAACAGUUUUAAAUCUCAAGAGAAAAUAAUUGACAUUUCAAAAAAGUAUCGCAACAUAAUGCCUAAGCCAGUUGUGGUUGUAGAACCUGUCCCUCAAGCGACAAGCAUUAAUCCUCUUUCUUCAAAUGAAUGUUUGGACCGCAAGGUUUUUAUGUCUCAUAAAGCUGAUGGUGAUGAUGCUAAUCAUCCUGAUGCCAUUCAAACCCUUGGAAAUGCCUAUGUGCUGCUAGGGAGCAAGCAGUUUUAUAAGUGUCCUACGUGUGACCGCUGCUUUCAGUUUAAGCACCACCUUCAAAGCCACAUGAACAGCCACACCAACAGCAGGCCAUACAUGUGCCCGCUCUGUCGGAAAACCUAUGCUCAUUCUGGCAGCCUCAGCACCCAUAUGAAGCUUCAUCACAGUGAAGGAAGGCACAAAAAAAGUAUGCCCUGUGAAUUCUGUGACAAGGUCUUUGGAUACGUUGGAGUCUAUUUUAGCCAUCUGAAAGAAGUUCAUAAGGUAAUCCUCAGUGCAGAGCCUUCAGUAAAACAUCAUCAUCAAGUGCAAAGUGGAAAAACAAAGGAAAGAGAACCAGUGACGAGUGCAAAAGAGACUGUUGAGCUGCAGAUUAAGUGUGGCCGCUGUCUGGCCAUUACCCCCACCUUUGCGGAUAUGAAGCUGCACUUACUGUACGUUCAUGGAGAAGAGAUCCAAGUUCGUCUGAAGGAGGGAAUCAUCCAAGGUGGUAGGGAUGCUGAAGAUGAGCUGGUAAAGCAUGCUGCCCGCUACUGGAAACAACUGAAUGAGAAAAGGAACCUUGUAAAGUGUGGGAGUUGCAAAGAGGAAUUUUAUUCCUUCUCAAAGCUUAAGAAACACAUCUACUGCCACCACCAUGACGAGUCAGAAAUAAUCAUAGAAUGUGCAAGUCACGAAACAGAGUCUGAACCCACAGUAAAGGAGAGCACAUCCAGAAUAUUAGACAGCAACUCUGAUCUUGGGAGUGAAUUAGGCUUCCACUGUAUCUUGUGCAAGGAAGUGGCGGACAGCAGUGAUGAACUCUUCGUUCACUGGCAAAGCUAUCACAAGUGUGAGAAUCCAGAGCUGUUGUGGACAAUCAUUAACUCGUAUAUACAACGUGAAAAUGGUGGGAAACGGGAGUUGUUAUGAUUGAAUUAUGUUAAAAUUAACAUUAUAUUAUGAAAAAAGAUGCUAUGAAAUAAAGUAAAGCAUUUUGGGAGACUGUGCCUUUGAUGGCAGCAAAA